AUGAAACCAUAUAUUACUACUGCGAAUAUUGCAGUAGGAUAUACUGCCCCAAAGUUUCCCUCUCUCACCAUGUCUUUUCUGACGGACGACGUGGCAUCCGAAUAUCUUUUCUACUUCCAAGAUAUAUGGAAGUUCACUCUAUGGUGGACCAUGAUAGUCUUUGGAGCAGUUUAUUUGGCCUCCGGGGUGCUUGCUGCGGUUUGUCAACGUAGCGUGUUUACAGGGUUAUUCAUCGUUGUGUUCUACGUUGCGUGGGGAGAAGUGCAAGCGGUAGUCUCUGGAUCAGUUGUUGGGUUGCUAUUGGCAGCAACGUACCGAACGGGUUCUUUGACAAUGAAUACUUGGAUUCCGUUGAUUUGGGGUAUAACCCAAAUAUUAUAUGUCGUCGUUCUGAGUUACUCUUCGACUUCUAUAAUCUUGUGA